CCAACAUGUACGUACCACUUAGCCACUUCCUUAUAAAAUGCUGAAUAUGAGAAAUGAAGAAGCACAAACUCAACCGCACUAUUGCUAAUUUCCUACUUUCUGUUCAUUUCUUGCUGUGUUAUCAAUCCAAACUUAACUUUCAGUCUCCAUUAACUAUGGCAGCUGAUGCACUACUUACUGAUCUCUUUAAGCAGUUGGCUUCAACCAUUUCUCAGCUGGCUAAAGAAGAGAUCAAGUUGCUUGGUGGCGUUGAUGAUGAAGUCGAAAAGCUUCAAGACAAGCUCGGAUUCAUCAAGGCAAUGAUGGACGAUGCCGAGGAAAGACAUGCAGUGAAGCAGCAUACUGGGAAGCUUUGGUUAGCGAAGCUCCAAGACAAAUACUACGAGAUGGACGACGUUUUGGACACCUGGAGCACUGCAAGGAUCAAAGCAGAGAUAGAGAAAGAAGAAGGAAAACCAGCUGAUGUUAACGCUCCUGCUGUUGUGAAGAAGAAGGUAUGCUCCUUCUUCCCAUCUCCAUCAUGUUGUUUUAACCUUCCACUGCGUCAUAAUCUUGGUCACAAUGAUCUUGGUCACAAGAUUAGAAAACUGAAUGAAAAAUUAGAUGAGAUUUUCAAUGACAGAGUGAAGUAUGGGAUUGACUUUAACAGGCAACCUGAAGUAGUUGAGCGACCGAUAACUACAUCCUUUGUGGAUGAGUCCGAUAUAAUUGGUCGUGAUAACUAUAGGGAGGAGCUGUUGAGCAACCUCUUAGGCAUGGGUAGCCCAAAGGAAAGAAAUCCCCGUGUCAUAUCUUUGGUGGGCAUGGGAGGUCUUGGAAAAACCACUCUUGCCCAAAUAGCCUACAAUCAUAGUGAGGUGAAAGCUCAUUUUGAAAAAAGAAUAUGGGUUUGUGUUUCUGAUCCUUUCGAUCAGUACAAGGUUGCCAACGAAAUCAUUGAAUGUCUUGAGGGUCAACCUCCCAACGAUACUGAAUUACAAAGUUUGUUAGUUAAACUUUGUAGUUUGAUUAGGGGAAAGAGGUUCUUUCUUGUCCUAGAUGAUGUGUGGACUGAAGACUUCACAAAAUGGGAGCCAUUCAGAAAUGCACUCAAAUGUGGUGCCGAAGGUAGUAGAAUUCUAGUGACCACACGUAAAACUGGGGUUGUAAACAUGAUGGAGAGUUCCCUCAUAAUUGAUUUGGGGGUAUUAUCCAUCAAUGACUGUUGGUUGAUUAUCAAGAGAAUAGCAUUUUCUGAUGAUUAUGGGGAGCAAUAUAGGGAUUUAGAAGAGUUGGGCAAACAACUAGCAAAUAAGUGUAAAGGUUUGCCACUUGCUGCAAAGAUUCUAGGGAGUUACCUACGUGGCAAGAUGAGUAAAAAAGAGUGGGAGAAGGUUUUGCACAAUGAUUUAUGGCACUUAGAAGAUAUUGAAAAUGGUCUUUGGGGGCCAUUUUUUUUGAGUUAUUAUGAAUUGUCUUCAUCCGAGAAACAAUGUUUCUUAUUUUGUGCUGUCUUUCCGGAAGAUUAUGAAUUCGAUAAAUUUGAGUUAAUCAUCAAUUGGAUGGCACAAGGAUAUAUCAACUCAAAAGAAAAUAUAGAGAUGGAAGUCAGAGCAGAGCACUACUUUGAAAAUUUAGUCAUGCGCUCUUUUUUUCAAGACUUUAAGAAAGAUGAUAAUGAUGGUAAAAUUGUAAGUUGCAAAAUGCAUUUGCAUGACUUUGCGAAAUCAAUGGCAAAAGAUGUGUGCUUCGAAAUCAAUUAUAGUAGUGAUAAGGUUGAGAAAGACUUUCAGAGGGCUCGCCAGUUGUCAUUAAUAGUUAAAGAAACAUUUCCUGAGUAUGUGUAUAAUGCAAAAAAUCUUCGCUUCUUCCAUUUGAAUUUUUGGUCUUCUAAGACUGUCCCGCCCGAGUUAUUUGAUCAUUUGACAUGUUUGCGGACAUUGCAUUUGGAAGGUCAAUCCACUCUAGAACUUCCAAAUGAGGUGGAGAAAUUAAUACAUUUAAGAUACCUCAAGUUAUCUUGUAUUAGUUUAAAAGAUUUGCCUGAAACAGUUUGUAAUUUAUGUAAUUUACACAGUUUGGAUGUUCGUAAGUGUCUUAAACUUGAGAAAUUACCUCAAGGGAUGGGUAAAUUAAUUAAUUUAAGACACCUUCUACUUCAUGAUGAUGGUAAAAUCAAAUCAUUUCCAAAAGGAAUUGGGAGAUUAACUUGUCUUAGAAUGUUAACUUACUUCCCUGUUGCUAUAGGCGGUGAGGGUGAUGAAAUAUGUAAAUUGGGAGAGUUAAAAAAUUUGAGCCACCUUCGUUUUUUGCGUCUAAAAUUUGACACAAUAGAUGAAAAGACAAAGUUAAGAAGAAGAAUGGACGAUGAUGUAUUGGUUUUGAAUGGUCUAGAGUCACCUCCACGCUUGGAAUCUCUAAAAAUUGAGUUCUACAUGGGCACCCGACUGUAUCCUAUUUGGAUGAUGUCCUUGACUACAUUGAAAAAGCUUACUCUUAGUCAAUGCUUGACGCUAGAGUGCUUGCCUCCUCUGGGGAAGCUGCCGCUUCUUGAAUCAUUAGUGAUAGCAUCCACAGAAAAUGUUCGAAAGGUGGGAGAUGAAUUUCUGGGAAUCGAAUUAGAACCCAAGAACAAAACCAAAAAUAAGAAAGACGACUAUGACAUCGUAUUUCCAAAUCUGAAAUUUCUCAAAUUUCUGUAUCUGGACAACUGGGAAGAAUGGAAAGAGAUCGGAGCAGCGAGAGAAGAAGUAGAGAAUGGUACUCUAAGAAUAAUGCCACAUCUUCAAUCCUUGAGAAUUAACUAUUGUCCUAAGCUGAAGUCACUGCCAGGCUUUAUUUGUACUACUCAAAUCCCAUCUCUCUACGAAUUGGUGAUCAACGAAGAACCAUCUCUCUACGAAUAUGGGAUAGGAGAGGAGUGGGACAAGAUUUCUCAAAUCCCAAACGUCAAAAUUGGUUACCGGUAUGUGCAAAGAGACGGUCAUGAAGUCAAAAGUUUACUCGGAAGUCUCAUCGAUUCAAAAGAAUUCUCACAUCCCAAAUAUCAACAUUAAUUGAGAUUUUGUGAAUGAUGAUGCUGCAAUAGGAAAGGGAAAUAAAGGCUCUUUUAUUGAUGUUUGGAAUGGUUUUAGCUCUAUCUCUUCUGCUUGAUCUCUUCUCUCUCGGCUCAGAUCCUUAUCAACACCCUUUCCGCAUUCUCCAGACUUUAUGUGUUUUUUGGUGGUGCAUAUUAAUUAAAUAAAUGGUGGAAGAGCUCAACAUUAAGACGAUGAUCUUCACACCAUCGCAAGAAAAUCCAGACCUUGUUAAUUGUUUCUGUUGCAGCUGACAAAUAUGUUUUAAGAGGAGAUCGAACUUACAAAGGGGCUUCUAUUAUCUUUGAGAUUUUAGAGGUUUAAUGCUGGAAAUCAGGAGGCAUGAUCUUUAAGUUGCAAUUGUGGGAAUAUUGAAGGCAAUUAAUGACAUUCCAGUACUACUCAAGCCAUACUCAGCUUCAAAAUUUGAUGGUUAUUGAUAUGUCAUUUGGAUUCGGCACUGCUGAGAGGGCUAAACAAGCUAUUCAUCACCUCAUGUUAAAUCAGAAAGCAUUGAGAAUGGUAUCAGUGUGGUCUAAGUUAACGGGCCACUACAAUGGUUCAUCUGUUCUUUACUUCUAUCUAAACAAACCUUAGGCAUCCUUAAGUGAUCACCAUUGGUCAAUCCAGGUUGCUAACUGGGGCACAGCCAUCUGAGUCAUGUUUUUAAUUUGAAAUCAUUGGGAAAAGACUGAAAGAAAAUGGGCACAUGGUUAUAUUAAUAGUUGAAGGUACUUCUUUCUGAAAGCAUGCAUACAAAAGACCAGCAGGAUGCUACUCCAGCAUGUGAGUACGUGUAUAUCUCAGAAGAUGAAGGUUUACAUAACAGGAUGAGAUGGAACUCGGAAAGGGGUCUCUGUGAUUUUUUAGUAAAUGAGGAGCCAUGGUCUUUAAGUUGCAAUUUCAGGAACAUCGAAUGAUGAGGACAUGCCAGUACUGUUCAUGCCAUACUCGACUUUUGAAAUUUGAUGAAGGCUCAACAAGAUAUUCAUGCAGCCCAUAUUAACUCAAAAGGCAUUGAGAAUGGUAUCAGUCGUCGAGUUAAUGGGCCACUUCAGUGGGAAAACGUUGGGCUUCUGAUCCCCUACUCCUUUGCAAAUCUGCCUCCAACAAUGCGUGUGCAAAAAUCCACUCAAACUUCAUGGAAGGUUGAUAGAAGAUGCCCUUAGAAACUGACAAUGGCAAACAGAAUUGCGAGGCAGCAAUACCAGAUGCUUGGAUGCGUGAACCAAAGAUCAGCUCAUCAGGGCUUAUUUAUUUCUCCCUACCAAAAGAAACAAUACCCACAUAUAUAGAAAGUUUGGCAAGAACUUGGGGAUAUAAGCAAAGAUCCUAAACAGCCAAUGAAUUUGAACCUAAUGGAGAAGCACAGUCUUAUAUUGGUGAAAAUCGUUGAGCAAGGAUGCACUUUAGAUAGCCACGUCUUACAUUCUGGUGCAAGAUAUAUUUGCAAUGUCAAAAGAUAAAAAGAAGGAGAAAGUCUAUUCUAAGCAAUUUCAGUGGUUACCCCCGAUGCACACCACCAUGCUUACACUCCUUGCCAUUCAAUUUGGCCUAUCUCUCAUCUGCACACCAUUCCUUUAGAGAGAUGUGCAUUUUUGUAUGCGUUUGUCAUGGAUGCUCCUAUAAGCUUUUACUCAUCUUUUCAUUCGUUCUUUGAUUGAGGUUUAUUGGAGUAGUUCUACUGCUCAUGCUCUUUUUUUUCCAAUUUUUAUUCAUUGGAUUCUUUUGCAUUUGGGUUUAGAGGAGUUUCCCGCAUUUGAGCCUGUUCGUAUAGUUGCUCUUAUAGGUGCCACCUUUCUUAGGCAGAGGGAUGCUCAGAUGAGAGCAAGCUCUAAAUGCCCUAAAGUUGAGUCGUUUGGUGUCGUACCUCCUCCUCCCUCUUCUACAGGUGAUACUACUGCUUAGGAGUUUGUUGAUCCUACUGCUGCUGUUCCUCCACCUUCUACUUCGGAUGAUUCAAACAUUCGACGUAUGUUGGAGACUGUCAUGACUGUUCAGGCAGCUCAUGGUCAGCUUUUGGUGGACAUGCUUGAUGACCUUCGUGCUUUGCAAGUCUAUUUUUGGAGAGACUUAGACGAUCACCUCCACCACCUCCUUUUGAUGAUGAGUGAUUGCCCUUUGGAAAUUCGUCACAAAAAGGGGGGGUACAUUUUGUUUAAGUUCGUGUUUUGUCACGAAUUGCCAAAGGGGGAGUUUGUUAGGUUCUAAGGAAUUAGGAACUAAUGUAUUAGAACUUCAUUUUGUAAUGUUGGCAAACCAUGAUCAAAACGUUUUAGUCUUGUUUAGACUUGCUCAAAGUAUAUGUUUUUAUGUAAAGUUGGAAUCGAGUGACUGUAGGAUUUACUGUGUAAAUCUUCCUGGCUCGAUCGAUUAAGAAUUAGACUCGAUCGAUCGAAGCUCGUGCAGAUUUUUUUUUUGCAGAAUUUUUCAACUUAGCCCAAGCCCGUUUGACGUGUAGGGUUUUAUGUUUUGCCUUAAGUAUAAAAGGGAAAACCCUAGCCGCGUUUUGUGGUUGCUCUUUAUGCUGUGUGUGUGAAUCUUUUAUGAGAUCUAGAGGUGGUUGCCUUCACAUACACUUAGGGUUAUCAAGAACGAGAUUUAUGUCAAGAGCUUGAUGAUCAAUUCAGUUGCUGUUUCAAGAGCUUAAAGAUAUACAAGUGGGAGUGCUUGUGCUUGCUGUGAAUCCAAGAGAGAAGUAGUCUGUGGACUCGGAGCUAUCACGUGGUCGUGGUAGUAAGUUUCCUACUCGAGGUAGCAAUAGGAUGUUAGUGGUCUAAGUCGCUAUUGUGUAAACUUCAAUUCUCUAUAAUGGAUUUGUUUUACCUUGAGGAUA